AGCCUGACCUUGCUACUGUCGGAGUGCAUUCUACGUACAAUAUCAGAGCUGACCUGGACAAAGAACACGGCUGAUCAUGAAGCGGCUCUUGGUAUUCUUUUGUGCGUGCUUUGUUCUGCCUCUGAGCUAUACAGCACCAGCCCACCAUGCUGCUAUAGAACAUGCUGAAGAAAAUCCACAAGUUGAUGACGAUUCCCAUUACAAUGCCAAGUAUGACCGCUGUGAGGGCAUCGAGUUUGACGCUAUAGCUCCUGACAAGAAAGGAACCGCACUCUUUUUUAAAGGAGACCAUUUAUGGAAGGGGUUUUCAGGCCCUGCUGAGCUUGCAAAUGCUACAUUCCAGGAAUUAGAUGAAUAUCAUCACCUGGGUCAUGUGGAUGCAGCCUUCCGCAUGCACAAUAAAACUGAGGAAGACAGCAAACACCAUGACCAUGUCUUCUUCUUUCUGGAUGACCAAGUCUUUAGUUACUACAACCACACUUUGGAGAAAGACUUCCCUCUGGAGAUCCAGCAGGUGUUUCCAGGUGUUCCCAGCCACCUCGAUGCAGCAGUGGAGUGUCCAAAAGGAGAGUGCACUACUGACUCGGUCCUGUUCUUCAAGGGACAUGAAGUGUACAACUUUGAUAUCCAGACCAAGACCGUGAAGAAGAAGGUGUGGGAUCACUUGCCUGUCUGCACAUCUGCAUUCCGCUGGCUCGAGCACUACUACUGUUUCCAUGGUCACAACUUUACCAGAUUUCAUCCCCUGUCUGGAGAAGUGGAAGUUAAUUAUCCCAAGGAAACUAGACGUUACUUCAUGAGAUGCCCAAAUGUUGGUCACGGGGCUGGCCACAGAAGGCCGCGCUGUAAACUUGAUGCCAUCACUACAGACAGCACUGGCAAAUCCUAUGCAUUUAUCGGGAUAAUGUACAUUAGAUUGGACACACACCGUGAUGGCAUUCAUCCCUUCCCCAUUGUAAGAUCAUGGAAGGAAGUCUCAGGACAUGUAGAUGCUGUGUUCUCUUAUGGUGACAGGAUUUACAUCAUCCAGCGUGAUCAAAUUUAUAUCUACAAAUCGGCAGCACAUUACACACUCAUAGAGGGCUAUCCUAAACCGCUGAAGGAGGAGUUGGGCAUUGACGGACCCGUGGAUGCUGCAUUUGUAUGUGACGAACAUAUUGUACAUGUUAUACAAGGUCAGAAAAUGCUCGAUAUUGAUCUGGAAGCGACCCCAAGAGCUGUGAAGACCGAGGCUCCACUGCCCUUCUCUAAAAUUGAUGCUGCUACAUGUCACACUGAUGGUGUGAAAGUGUUUGUUGGUGGGGAAUACUACCUGUACCAGAGUCCUAAACUGCUUGCUACAAGCAAGAUUAACCCAGUACCCCACAAGAUCUCAUCUGAAUUGUUUGGUUGUGAAGAAUAGAAGCAUCACAUGAAAUGCAUUAAAUGCUGUUCUGUCAAAUUUACUGUCCAUCACAAAUUUGAAUAAACAUUUCAGGUCAUUUUUCUUA